AUGGCUGAGCAGCAAAAGUUUGUUGUCCCUAAUAAGAUCAAAGCCUGCAUUUUCGACAGUGAUGGUACGAUUGUUGACACACUCGCCAUCUACUGGUCGAUGAUGGAAGAAAUGGCCAACGACAAAUUUACAACAGAAUUCAAGGUUUCCUUAAAUGGAAGAUCGGACAUCGAUGUUGCUACUGCAAUGGUUACAAAAUACAACAUGGGCAUGACACCAGAAGAGUAUUUAGCUAAGAGAGAUCCAAUCAUCAACAAGAGACUAGCUUUUUCACCUCUUGUUAAAGGCAUUGAUAGAAUUAUUCGUAAAGUACACGAAAUGGGCAUUCCAAAAGCUAUUGGAACAAGCAGCCAAAGAGAACCCUUCGAAAUCAAAUACUCUCAACACCCAGAAAUCAGAAAUCUCUUCCAGACAACAGUUUGCGGUGAUGAAGUUAAGCAAGCCAAGCCAGAUCCAACAGUUUUCCUCGUCGCUUCAAAGAAAUUAGGUGAUUUCAAGCCAGAAAACGUUCUCGUCUUCGAAGAUGCCUACAUCGGCGUUGUCGCUGCUAGAAAUGCCGGAAUGAAUGUUGUUAUGCUUCACAACGAUGGAACUGACUUUGAGGAGAAUGUUAAGCAAUACGGAGCUCGUCCAACCAAAGUUGUUGAAGAUUGGGAUGAUUUCGACUUCUCUUGGUUUGACUGGGAUGUUCAGGCAAAGAAUUAA